AUGUCCACCUCGGAAAAUGACCCUCCGACCUAUAACAUCCUAGGGACGUCCGGUAUGACCUUGGAAAUGGCCCGAUUGAUCAUCGGUAUCCCGUGCUUGAACUGUCUUCCUGAUUUGGAUGUGGAGACAUUUUGGUGCGUUACUCUGCCGGGGAGAAUAGCGUGCCAGAAGUGCCAUGAUGGUAAAAGAAAAUGCGAAGAGGUUUCCUUGACGCCAGAUGUGGAGCAUGCGCUUAUCCUCCGCGGAUACAUAUUUUAUGCCUCCAGGCUUGGGUUCCCUACCCGCUGGCAAAAGGAUGAGCUGGCGAUGCUCAUAGCCAAAAUCAUGAGACCGCAAUUAUCCCCAAGUCCAGGAACAGAGGCUGCUCGAGUGGCAGCUGAACCUCUGAUCCCCUGUCUGCUAGACCUAAAUCCGGCAACAUAG